UCCUGUUUGACUUCGAUAUUGUCGACAGCGGUUGGCGGGAGAACCAACGGGGGGGAAUUCCGGUUGACAAACGACGAAGUGUUAUAAGUGUGGCGAAGUUAGUCAUUUCAUCCGUGCGCAAAAUAAUGGAGGGAGAAAGCACAAGGAAGAUCUUUCGUUCCAACGACUAUGCCGACCGGACAAACACGGACCGGACGGUCAACGUCGGGAGGUGACAUUUUCUUGGCCCGAAGGAGCUGUCCGACUGACAGUGGUGGUGACCGUGGUGAUAGUACCGAGGAGACGAAUGCACUUAUGCGGGAGUACUUCGUGCAGAUGGCGGAGGAACGUCGUGAGCGGGUUAAACGUGAACGGGAGGAGGAAAGGAGAAGAGUGGAGGACGAAGCAAGACGAGCGAAGGAAACUCGGAGGGCAUUAAGGGAGGAACAGAUGUUAAGAUAUGAAGAAGAACGGGACAUUAGAUUCAUGAGGAUCUUACGCAGCGAAUUCAAGAAGGAUGGCGCGGGGAGCACUGACAGAGAAAUUUACAAAGCAAAGAAACUGGCACGAACGUUCGGGCGAACUGAUGCGCUUAUUGAAGAGAAAGAGUGUUUGCGGAUAAGCAUCGCGCAUCGAACGUUUGGGAUGAAAGAAGCAGAGGACGAGGAGUUGCUUGCUUUUCGUAAGCAUGCGGCGAAGUUGGAUUUGCUGGAGAAGAGGAAACGUGGCCCUGACUUACCGGUCGGGAACAGUCCACCUAUCGUCACUCCCGAGAAGAAGUUUAAUACCCGACUUUCGAAAGAGGCGAAAGCUAGAAUUGAUGCGUUGAACAGUGAUCCGUUGAAGGAGGGCGGGAUGUCGAGUACGCCAACGAAAAUCGACUUGUCCUUAAAACACAUCAUGGCGUCAUGGGAACUGGGCAGCAAGGAGAGAUUCGAGCAAGACUGCCAUGAUUUUUACGACGCGUUAACUAUUGACGAGUUGAAAGAAGCUUGCCGGAGGGAGAAGGUAGCAUAUGGCAACGGUGAUAAGGCGAUUAAACGAUUGAUCACAAGAAGGUUUGUGGUGGCAUAUGAUCCCUCUUCCCACUACCAUCUACACCGCGCGUCGCUACCAGGGAGAGUAAAGGAGUGGUUAUCAAGGAAGAGACGAAUCCUGCAGUUUCGGAAUCGGAGGAAUCAGUUUCUGAAGACGAUUCUGAGUGAGGUGUUUGUCGUCGCGACGAAUUCCAAACUUGGGCUGAACUACUGAGCGAACGGGGACUGUUGAAGCUAGGUAAGUGUAAGGAUGACGAGAGGAAGUUUCGGGCUGCUACGAUAGGACUUAUACUGCUUGGUGAGGUUAAGUGGGGCGAGAAGUUUGUCCAUUAUUGGAGAGAUGAAGUGGAUAAAGGAACCUUUGACAU